AUGCCCACAAUGACCACGCUGGAGAGGAGUCACUCCUGUGCCUCCAGCACUUCGCUCUCCAUGUCCAGUCCGCGACCAUCUCGACGCGAAACCACACCGCCUGGCUCCGAACUGUCCCUCUUCCAUCUCCAUGACCGCAUGAAUCAGCUUGACUCGCGUGUGCUCGAACUUCGAUCUACCGUCCUUACUAAGGAUGGCUAUGUCGACCGCCGGAACCGCGAGGAUGAGCACAUCCGUCGUGAAUUCGAGACCCACCGUGCUAUCUCCCACCGUAUUGACCUCAACGUCGUGGCACUACGCUCUGAUGUCGACCAGAUCAAGACUAGUAUCUUCCAACUGAAGAGUAGUCUUGGUCAGUCUGGUACAGAGACGGUGUUCCUCCGUGGUGAUGUCGAUCGGAUGCAGAAGAGUGUGGAUCAGCUUCAUGUCGACUUGGAGCAGAUUAGGACAGAUUCGUGUGCCACACGGAUUGACAUUAGCAAACUCCAAGCUACAUCUAGUCAGCUUCGCACUGAUUUGGUUACCUUGGAUCAUAAAAUGUCACGCCAGUUCCACCACUUGAACUCGCGUAUGGACUCUUUGGAAUCGGGCGUGAACUCAAUGAACUCGCGUAUGGACUCUAUGCAAUCGCGCAUGAGACACUCCGAUCGUGUUCGUUUCAACUCUCUCGCCCACACCAUUCUCGCUCCUAUCAGCCCUGUCCCUGUCAUCACCGAUGACGGUGCUCUUGAAUGGCCCAAAUACUUCCCGCGUACGGUUUGGAAGUUCUGGUGUCUCAAGAAAAGAAGUCGAGUUCAUCGUCUGGUUGAACUCGCCGAAUUCUAUGAACUGGGUGGUUACCAGGAUUGGUCUCGGAUGCAUCAGACCGACAUGUUUGCCGACAGUGACUCAAGUGACUCCAGUGAUGGAUCCUUUGUUAUAUCUCGGGAAGAAGCUGUUCGUCGCUUCCCCGAAGCCGCACACCAGGCACUCGCCGCCACUCUGGGUCUUGUGUACUACAAGAUUCGCAAUGAGGUGGGCGAAGGCCCCAAUGCCGUGCCUUCUCGUCCGCUGAAGCGUCAGCAAGAAGACGUUGCUUCUGCAAGCACAGGUUCCAAGUCUAAGCCUGUAAAGAUGCCGCGUCGACCUAGUGUUUCCGACACUUUCUUGCAACGGUUGAUUAAUGGUCCUUCCGUGGCCGAGUCUCAGUCAUCCGUAUCCGAGGAAUUUGACAAGUUGGGGUGGAACGCAUUUUCAGAUGUCUCCGAGGACGCGAUGAGCAAACUGCGAUCAAUUGACCCGCAAGAUAUUGGAACCGUCCUUCGUGCUUUGGAACAAGGUCGUCUCAAGUUGAAGCCCAGUGGAUCUGAGAAGGCGCGCAUGUCUCCCACUGAGUCUAAGGCCAGCCAUGGACUCGGCAGAUCAGUUGAACAGCCCGAUGUGCCUACUGUGCCAAACACUGUUCCCACCCAGCCUAUUUCUUCACAGUCCAGUAAGGCUAAGCCUGCUUCUGUGCCCGACAUUCCUGAGACUGCGUCCGAUUCGGACAGCUCAACCUCUUGA